AAAGCCCCUGUAGCUUGGUCUGAGUGGCAGGGCUGAGAUGUUCACCCUCCCUCGUCUCUGGGAAGUGCCAGAACCCAUCCUUUCCUUUCUGUCACCAGGAGUUUGAACACUGGGACAUCCCCAAUGCUACCUCGUAAUACAUAAGGCCAGAGCCAGGGAAAAGCAACAGCUUUCUGUGAAGGACUGAGAUGAGAGGCAGCAAAGAGAAAGAACCAAGCCCCUGGGAGCAUCUGGGGAUUUUGCUCCAAGGUGCAUACCAGCAUGGCACACAUGGCAGCUCAGAGGCUCUUAUCUCCACAGCCCACUCUCCUGCCUUCAAAGUAUUUGCUAAUGGCCCAGGCGACUGGCAAAGUAAAUAACCAACCCCAACUUUUUCCGCCUACGCACAAACCUUGGGACACAGCCACUUUAAGGAGCCAGCACCGAAUGCAAAAAAACAUGCUCGUUUUCCUGCACAUACCUCUGUUUCCUUGGCUCUGCUCUGGUUUUCUGAGGCCCUGCCAUGUAUAAAGAGGAGCCAGAUGAGUCCUUUCUCCAGGCAUCAGAGGCAGUUGAAGAAGCGAGGUGCUCGAUGCGCUGGGCAGACUUGCUUGUUCUUCUGCCUGCAGCCCCACACCAUCUGGCAGCUUUCCCCUUCGCUGCUCUCUUCCGCUACCUCUGUGCUUCGGGGCGCCUCACUCCAACUGCCCGGUACAUAUUCCUCCUUGCUGGAGGAUGUCUCCUUGCUGGCACAGCCUUGGGCAGCUAUGCUGUUUUGCUCCUUAUCCCUGCUGCUGGCUCCGUGCUAGUCCUCCUCUCCGUCAGUCCAGCACGUGUCCACACCUCGGUCUUCACCCUCCAGAUGUCCUGGCAGACACUCUGCCACCUGGGUCUGAGCAGCCAGGAGCUGGACCCACAGGAUGCCAGGCCAGCUGCUGCCCUCUCUGCUAUCAUGCUGCUCACCCAGAAGGCUACGUCUCUUGCCCUGGACAUCCAUGAAGGAGUCGUGCAGCUCCAGCCGGGUCAGGGGCUCCUGCGGCAUGCGCUGCCCCUCUGCAGCUACCUCCUCUUCUUUCCAGCCCUCCUUGGAGGCCCCCUCUGCUCCUUCAGCAGGUUCCGGGGGCAGGCCGAGGCCGCGGGGGCUGCCCCCCGCCCGCUGCGGGGGGCCGGCCAGCGCUGCCUGUGCGCGCUGGCCCUGCGGGGGCUGCGGGGAGGGCUGGCGGGCUGCCCGGCCCUGCGCCUCCCGCCCCGCCUCUGGGCGCAGGCCCUGCUCCUCCGGCUGGCUUACUACGGGCACUGGGCGCUGGAUGAGGCCCUCCUGGAGGUGGCAGGCUUGGGGCCGGAGGCAGGCCAGGGAGACCUUUCCCUCCAAGACCUGUGGACUCUGGAGACCACGCACCGCCUGGCUGUCUUCUCCCGAACCUGGAACAAGAGCACAUCCCGGUGGCUGAGGAGACUUGUCUUCCAGCGCUGCCCGGCCCACCCACUCCUAGCCACCUUUGCCUUCUCUGCCUGGUGGCACGGCCUCCGGCCAGGGCACGUCUUCGGUUUCCUGUGCUGGGCUGUCGUGCUGGAGGCUGACUACCGCAUCCACCCCCUCCUCGGCGCCCACGCCACCUCCCGGGGUGCAAAGGUCUUCUACCGCGGCACCACCUGGGUCUUCACGCAGCUCCUUGUUGCCUACAUCAUGGUGGCUGUGGAGACUGAGAGCUUCUCCAAGCUCUGCCUGCUCUGGACUUCCUGCAACAGCAUCCUUCCCCUCUCCUACUGCCUCGCACUGCUGCUGCUGCUUGUCAAGAAGCCAAAGCAGAGCUGAUCCUGUCCUGGGCUGACCUGUGCAGCCAGUGGGGCAUGUCCCUGCACACAUGAGCACGCAGGGUGAGAAGUGCCGUUGCCCAAGCAAUCCCAUAUAGCAGCAUCUCCAGAGAAUGAGGCUGGCUUUUAAUCCUGGGAUAUCCCCUAGCUUUGAGGAAUGCUCUGAAGAAGGCAUGCAAGGUCAUCCAGACCACUGUGCAAGAGGGCUUCUGACAGCACUGCCUUCCCAAUGUUUGUCUUUGGGUGUCAGUCUCAGCUCACAUAGGAAGCACGCAACCUCCCCACAAAACUAAUCUGUGCUACAGAUGCACCAGUGGGCAACUGUAUCCUGCUCCUGGGACUCUGUCCUCCAUGGCAAUGGCAGGCCUUACCACCUUUCUUGUGCACAUAAACCACUGGGAGCCUGGGCACAGGAAAAGGGGCUGGCAGUCUUUCUGGGGGCAGCAUAAAAAAGAAACACCCCUUUCUGUACCCAGCAGUACUGUCAAGAUGCAUGGGGCUGUAGUGCUCCUCCAGCAAUUGCUUCUCAGCACUGUCCCUGUGGCAUGUGGACCCCAAACAGUGUUCCAAAUUGGGUGUCUCCUGCAAUACCUGCCCCCCACCACGUGGAUGAUCCCAGGGCACAAGGUCAGCUGCAUUCCCUGCCAUAUGGGGAAAAGAGAUGAUCCAUCCCCUCCACCACUCCUACAAAAGAUCCUGAGCAUGGGGGCAAGAAUGCUUGCCAUGAAAAGGGGGGCCCAUAAUAUGCUGAGGACAGCAUGGGCAAGGGGGAACUAAGCUAGCAAAGUCUCUAGACUGUGGCAUUCAGCUGAGGCUCAGGUGUCAGUUUCCCCGUAAGUAUACACAGCAGAAGCCCUAAUGCACUUCUCCAGUUCAUGCAUUGGCCUAGGACCCAAAAGCCUAGGACUGUUUAGGCUGGAGAAGAAGCAUGAGCUUCCUCACAAGGGAGGGUAUCAGGAAAGCAUGGAGCUAAGAGUUUCUGUUUAUAUCAGAGCAAGAAGCCACCCACCAAAUCUCAACGUAAUAGAGCUGGAAAUGCUACAAAACAGUGUAUCAUUGGCCUCUGGUCUGCUGGGCAUGCUGCCGCAGGACACCAGAACCAGUCUCAAGUGCCCAAACUCAAGGGAAAAACAUUUUGAUCAGGUUAACAUCCCACACCAUGCAGGCCCUGUGCCAAUAUCUGUAUCAGUGAUUGACACUAAACUGAAACUCAGCAUGCAAAAUGGAUCCAGCGUUGUUUAUGUGGGUUGGUUGGAUGUUUUGCUGCUUCUUGGGUCCAAUUGAGUACCCAUCCCAAGCCUUGCAAGCCUCUUGCCCUGCAUACGAUUUCCGCAUUGCCAGCUCAUCUUGGAUCUCUCAGGGCCAGACCCUGUCUCCUUCAGUGCUGUCCUGCAGAGCUGCCUCCAACUUCUUCCCUAUAAUCCUUGCUUAGAAACUGAAUCAUCUUUUCAUCUUAUCUCUGAAAAACUUGCUGGUCUCCUUCAGGCAGGUCCUCCAGCUGUUUCAUCACUCUGUUGGCCAUGUGAGAACACAUGCAGCAAGUGAGGGCCAGAUUUUCCAUGGCAGUCCAUGGGACAGUGGUUCCCAAGCCAGAAUGCUCUUGCCACAUAUGCUAUAGGGAAGUGGACCCAAGAGUCAGAUGCAAGAAAUCCAGUGUAUAAAAAAAAUCCCCAACGUCCACAGUUGGAGCCAUCCCACAUUCUUUCAGCAGGCAGGGGCGUGUGCAGCCUCCUCCCUAAAGGGAUAAGGGGAAAUUCAUUGCAAAUGGGUGCCCAGCCAAGGAACCAUCCCCUCCUCUCAGCAGCAACCAUUGCCAAACAGAUAAAGAAAAAAAAAAAAAUACUCCAGGUGAGAAGCCUGGAAAAGAUUCACAGAAAGUAUAUAAAGUGUUAAAAAAACCCAGGGAAUUGAAAUUUCCCUAAGAGAGCAGGCUGGAGCUGGAGGUGAAUCAAGGCUGGAAGAAAACACUCCUUAAUUUCUCCCUGUUUUAAGCCAGGAGGUGGGUAGCUCAGCUAGUGACAUCCUGUCUCAGCUAAGCUAAUGCUGGGCUUUCUUCAUGUGUCUGUCUCAAACCUACCCUUUCUCCAAGGGCUGCAGAACUGCUGCUAGGAACAGGGCAGCUCAACUCUGCCUAACAUUGGGGUGGAAAAGUAAAAGCAGCCUACAAGCUUUUGGAAAAAUCAGUUUUUCUGAGCAGCAGCAAAGCCUCUACCAAGCUGUGUGGCUGCUGUAUGUCUGGAUGGAAGGAAAGGAGCUGGUGAGAGCCAGGCCAGCUUCUCCCUCUUCCAUCAUGCUUCUUUUGCAUUGCAUCUGUUGGAGGAGCAUGUUUGCAGUACACCUAGCCCUGUGCAUUUCUAAUUUAAACACCAGCAGCAGUAAGACCCUCCCAGAUCACAGGGCAGCUGUCCUGGCCUUCCAAAUGCCAGUUCAUCCCUUGGUAACAGGGUUAAUAAAUGCUAGACGCAAGGGACAGGUGAAUUACCAGGUAAAGGGAGGGAGCUGGAGGGAUGGGGAAAGCAAAGCAACCUGGCCCUGACUUCCCCUGCAAGGCCUUGGAGGUGAAUUGGGGAUUUUCCAUUUCAUUAACUUUACAAGGGGUAAUUCCCAGCAUGCAGCACU